UUUACAUUGGUCUUGAGUCAAAUUAAAGAAAACCAAAUUUAUUCAUUUUAGCUAGAGAAAUGAAUGUCUUUCUAGUCCAGAUCCUAUGUUUCAUUCUUUUAACUACUAGUACUACCAUUUCAUUGUUCAUUAAAGCAUCUGAAAUAAAUGUUGAAAGUUAUGAAACUGAUAGAAUAAUUGAUCUACCAGGACAACCUUCAAACCCAUCAAUUUCACACUUUUCAGGUUACAUCAAUGUCAAUGAAGAACAUGGGAGGGCUCUUUUCUAUUGGUUCUUUGAAGCUCAAUCUCAACCCUCCAAUAAACCUCUCCUUCUUUGGCUCAAUGGAGGACCUGGAUGCUCCUCAAUUGGAUAUGGUGCUGUUGUUGAGAUAGGACCUCUUUUAGUCAACCAAAAUGGUGAAGGACUAAAAUUCAACCCAUACUCUUGGAAUCAAGAAGCAAAUUUGUUAUUUGUGGAGUCCCCUGUUGGAGUUGGUUUUUCUUACACCAAUACUUCUUCUGAUCUCACUAUUUUAGAGGAUCAUUUUGUGGCUGAGGAUGCCUACAAUUUCUUGGUGAAUUGGUUACAAAGAUUUCCACAGUUUAAAUCCAGGGACUUUUUCAUAGCAGGAGAAAGCUAUGCUGGCCACUAUAUCCCUCAGCUUGCAGAGUUAGUCUUUGACAGAAACAAAGAUAGAAACAAAUACACCUUAAUUAAUCUUAAAGGUUUUAUUGUAGGGAAUCCAGAAACUGAAGAUUACUAUGACAAUAAAGGCCUUCUAGAAUAUGCAUGGAGUCAUGCAGUGAUAUCAGAUCAGCAAUAUGAGAAAGCAAAACAAGUUUGUGAUUUCAAACAAUCUCAAUGGUCUAAUGAGUGCAAUCAGGUCAUGAGUGAAGUUUUCCAUGAUUACUCAGAAAUUGAUAUAUACAACAUUUAUGCACCAUCAUGUCAUUCAAAUAGUACAUCCUCAGUGACAGUAACAAAUAAUGUCCCUGAAUCAUUUUCCAAGGUGAAAAAUGAUUAUAGAUUGAAGAGGAUGAGAAUUUUUGGGGGCUAUGAUCCUUGUUAUUCAACAUAUGCAGAAGAAUUUUUCAACAGGAUAGAUGUUCAAUCAUCUUUUCAUGCAAAUAAUAUAAGAGAAAACAAUAACAUAGCAUGGAAGGUUUGCAAGGUGGCCUUAAGAUAUGGAUUUACAGAUGGCAGACUACCUGUGAUAGGGACACGAUAUUGUGUUGAAGCUUUAGGACUGCCUCUAAAGUCUACUUGGAGAUCUUGGUACCAUAAUAAUCAGGUUGGAGGAAGGAUAGUGGAGUAUGAAGGAUUGACAUAUGUGACAGUGAGAGGAGCUGGUCACUUAGUGCCUCUCAACAAACCAACUGAGGCUCUCUCUCUUAUUCAUUCUUUCCUAACUGGAGAUCAUCUCCCUACUACUACUAAUACACCUCCAUGAUCAUCAAUUCUAUAAGCUAAAGAAACAACAGAUGCAACUGCUCACCACUUUUGUCCACUUCAACCGUAGAAUGAGAAACAGAUAUAUGCAAACGCUUGUGUAUGGUUCUUCCUCAACCAGUCAACCUAGACUUCUUAUGCCUUAGUCACUCUUCAAAUCUGAGAGAAGAGAUACAAUGAGACUAUAACAUAUAUAUAUAUAUAAUGUGAUGGUCAAUUAAAAGUUCUCAUUAUUUCAAAAUGAAUAUCUUGACAUCCACUCAUAUUCAUCCUAGUUAACGUCAACUUUUAACCAACCAACUCGAUGAUCAAUUUAAGACUCAAGACAAUUUCUUGAGGGGUUUCAAGUUGAUAAUAGGUUUGAUGUAUAUAUAAAGUUUAAGUUUGUAGGAAAAUAAAUGUGUGAUAAUAACAAGUUAUUGAAGACGGAAGGAAGAAACAAACAUGUAAAGAUAAAAAUGGCAGAAACCCCAAACACUUUAGUUUCCCUACAUAUUAAUAAUAGAGAAAUGAUAUUUGAACAA